AUGUCGAAAGAAGGUGUCUCGUUGCUGAACUACCACACAACGUUCCCACGGGUCGUGUUCCCCACGGAGACGCACUCCGAGUGCCACAGGGGCAGGCAAUACCGGCUCUCGUCGACACCCACGGGCGGCUCUGCGACGGCGAAGACGACACAGACGUUCAACCUAGGCGUGUACAGUCUGGCGCCGGUUGCCACAGACGUGGACAGUCUGGCGCCGGUCGACCCGCUCUGCCUGUCGACGCUGCUCUCGAUUCUGAGCAGAGAGAAGCUGAAGCUUCCGACGCACGCCGGCGACGUCGCCGAACAGGGCGGCGGCGGCGGCGGCUUCAGCAGCGUCUCUGUGCUGUCGCUCCACGCCGCCGUCGACGACCAGCUGCCGAUCCUCGUCGAGGACGCCAAGGACCGCGUCUCCCACCGCGUUGUGCGCAAGAUCCACUCCUCGAGGGUCAUCAACGCGCUCAACUCGUCUAAACUCUCCACGCAGGAUGAGCUCGUCUACUCGCUCCUCAACACACAGCUCUUUGACUUCUACAACCUCGCCGUCCUGCAGCUCGACGACCAGACCCUCCUCAGAUUCUACUCCCUCUUCCAGUACAAUUUCUCGGCCUCGCUGCAGGCGUUCCCGCCGCUUACCAAGUUCCUUGCUUCCGACGUGAGACUCAGCCUGUUGAAGCGUAACGACUUCCACUUGCGGAAUCCAGACACCUUCGCCUACUUCGCCUCGUACCUCAUCCCCAAGUCAGCGAAACUAGCUUACCGCUUGGAGUCGGCCAGGAUCCGUCGAAACGCCGCGUCGCUUCUGCCCCUCUUCAGCCAACAACUUUCCAGAACAAAGUACUGGAGCUCCGACGGGUCAACUCCAGCGGUACCAGGAGUCAUAGACUUUCAGCUCGCAGGUUUUGUAUACUGCAUGAAGUUUUUGUCGGCCUUCACACCCGUAUUCAACGACGUUUUGUCGGAAAACAGGACCCUUGUAUCCUACUCAAACGAUAUCAUCGUUUCCUUUAUAUAA